CACAUACACGCUGUGGUAUAAAACAACGGAGAAGCGCGGCGUCAGGCAGGCAGGCAAGGGGCGAAACUUGCCUUUUUUUCGCCGCAACUUUGUAACUAACUAAAGCAGCUUCUGGCUUUAGUACUGCCCAAGAGGACAAUGCUGAGGUUUUAAAAACAUCAACUUUUCUAAAACAAACAAAAAAAAAAAAAAGCAAGUCUCCUCGCUAGACGCGUACUGCUGCCCGUCUGCGGGAAGGAGAUGCCGGGGAAAGCUCAGGUCUAAGGAUUUCCAGAGGGGUUCGGGUGUCAUUUGCAGUUUGAACGCGCCGCUGGUGGAUUGCAGUCUGCAAAGAUGCAUGAAAGGCAAAGCGGCGCUUUUUUGUGAAAGGAUCUAGCAACCAUUUUCGAAAUUGUUUUAUUUAAGAAAACGCGCCGUAUUUUUAAAGACUUGAAAUUUGCACGGGAAUACAAAAAAAAAAAAAAAAAAAAAAAAAGUCUGGAUGUAUUGUUUUGUUCAGUAGCUGUUUUCGCUUGCUUGCUUGUUUGCGCUGCUGCACCGAUGGACCCGUGUGUUGUUACUAGAUGCUGUGUUUGCAUGAUGAGGCGAAAGUUUUAGCAAGUUACGAGGUACACGAGGAUGGAUUUAAAAGGAAAAUGCAUGAAUGAUAUUUCGGAUUUGUGACAUUGUGGAAGAUUUUUUUUUUUUAAAUAACAGAUAGUGUGAAAAGGCGGUUAUAUCCUGGUGCUUUUGAGAAGGCGUGAUGUAAACAUUCCAUGCUUGAAUACCACUAGACUUGAUCAGCGUUGUCAGAAAUAAAAUUUACAGUGCAGUACUUCUAAGAGCCUAAGAAAAAGACAUAUCGGUAACCCUUUGGGAAUUUGGGAGAAACCUGAAAAAAAGAAGACCCAAUCAACAAUAAACGAACACGCAUGCUGUAGAGUCACUGAUCCCAGUAUUGAUCUAUUCCAAUUGCGCCUUGUGACUGUGUCAACAGGGUUCGAUAGCCGACCUGUUCUGUUGUGUGCGGUUUGGAAAGUGAAAAUUCUUCAUGAUAUUUAGAUGUUGAGUGGACACUUAUUAAUAUUAUUGUCAUUACUUCUUUUAUCACAUUGACGAGACUAGCCAUAAUGUUCCAGAUGGAGUUGACCCUGCUGGUCUUAUCCCUUCUGUCGUGGGUCUCUCUCUGGGCGGACGACUCGGGAAAAGUUAUCACAGACCGGUAUGCAGUCUACUGGAACAGCACGAACUACAGGUUCCAGCAAGGGGAGUACACGGUGGAGGUGAGCAUCAAUGACUACCUGGAUAUCUACUGCCCCCACUAUGAGGAGGCCUUGCCUCAGGAACGCAUGGAGCGCUACAUUCUCUUCAUGGUGAACUACGAUGGCUACACCACCUGUGACCACCGCAUGAAGGGCUUCAAACGCUGGGAGUGCAACCGGCCACAGAGCCCCAACGGGCCCCUCAAGUUCUCAGAGAAGUUCCAGCUCUUCACCCCCUUCUCGCUGGGCUUCGAGUUCCGCCCGGGCCACGAGUACUACUACAUCUCGUCCCCUCACCUGAACAUCGUUGGGAAGCCCUGCCUGAGGCUGAAGGUGUACGUGAAGCCAACAAAUGACUCUGUGUAUGAGUCUCCAGAGCCCUUCCUCACUGAUGAUAACUCGGGCUGUGUCUUCUUGCUGUGCCCCCUGGCUCUGACCGUGUCCCUGCUGCUCUCACUCCACCUCUCCUCAUAGCACUGUGAGGGUUCACACACGCUGACUGACGCACCCCUCUUCUCACCCUCAACACAGACGUGGAGAAGCAAUUUGAGAGGCCUGGGGAGUUUGUGCUAUUUGUCAGAACUUCU